AAAUACGACGUCAACGAAUUGACAACUUUACUUAUCUGGAAUCAACGAACGGCAGCGAGCGCUAACACAGUCUAUAAAGUACAUUAACUUUUUACAUAUACUGUAAAGCAGAUAAAGGAAUUUGUUUGUUAUAUUGCCUAGGCUUUAUAUACUUAUAAAAUGGCUGAUUCAAACAACAAGGAAUCAUCAGUGACUAAAGUUCCAAUGAUUUAUGUUUGUGGAGAAUGCCAUCGGGAAAAUGAAAUAAAACCAAGAGACCCAAUAAGGUGCAGAGAAUGUGGUUACAGGAUAAUGUACAAGAAGCGAACAAAAAGAUUGGUUGUCUUUGAUGCUCGUUGAAGAAGAAUGAAGAAUCUAUUAAUUAUAUCGAAAUAUUGUAAUGUACCUAAUAUGUCAUAAGAUAAAUAAUAAGGCUGUUUAAAUUCA